AUGAUUUCAGACAAAUGUGAUAUUGAAGGCUGCAAAAACGAUGCAAAUUUUAUGUGUACUUGUGCCAAUCCUGAAACGUUUUUAUGCUCAGAUCAUAUUAAUAAACAUUUGCAAGGCUCUCCAGGGCCUCAUCAUGCGAUUGAAUUUAACACAGAAAAAAGGGUUCGAACCAAAUCUGAAAAUAUUAAUUAUUCUCUACUGAAUUCAAUCUAUUUUAAGCAUAUAUAAGAUUAAUCUCAUAUUGUAAAGUUGAUUUAUUAUUUAUAAUAAUUAUUUAAAUACAAAAUCUAUUGACUAGUGUUUAUCUUACAAAGCAAACAGAAAAGCUUAAAAAGCUCAAAAAAAGCCUCUACAAAGAAAUUUCAUUAAAAAUCAUUAUGAUUGAAAAAAGUCUCCACAGCUGCACCACAAAAAUAGAUAGAGAAAUAUUUAGAAUUAAUUUAAAAAUAAAAGAGCUGAUUGUCUCAGACGACACAAACCUCAAUGUUUCGCUAAAGUCAACUGAAAGAAGAUGGUCAUUUAAUGACGAAAAAUUAGAUAAAGAGCCUUUUGAGGUUAAUUUACCAAGCAGAAAAUCAUCAGCUGAUUCAAGUUUACUAGAAAGAAGAGGAUCUGUUAGCAGCACUAUUAAUGAAACUAUAGGCGUUAUUAAUAGUAAUGCUCUGCAAGCACUGAUGAGAGAUAUAAAUUUGUUUAUGAGAAGCGCAGAAAGGAUCAAAAUACAUGAUAUUAGUGACUCUCCUAGUAGUUCUCAUACUUUUGAAGAAAGUCCGUCACCUAACUUAGAAACUCAUAAGAAAAAGAAUAAGCUUGAUUUAGAGAUUUUACAAAAUAAAUCAGAAUUACCUAUAAAAACAGAGGAAAAUAAUGAGGAUAAGCAAAAAAUGAGCCAAAAUCCUAUACUUCUUAAAGAGCCAGAAACUGCUAUAUAUGAUUAUUUAGCUUCCAAAAGCAAGCCACUGAAAAGCUAUUAUUUUAAAAAUCCGUCCCGAACUGAUACUAUAAACCCACAGACUACUGAAAUAAAAAUUGAAAUAAGAGAAAGCUUGGAAUGCUGUAAUUGUGGAGGGAUUUUUGACUCAUCAGCUGUAAUUGAAAAUUUUUGUGGGUGCUUGACAUGCACAAAAUGCAAUAUUUUAGAAGUCAAAAAAUUUGAUCAUAUGCAAGGAUACUUCGUCAAUGUGGUUUGCAGGGUUUGCAAAAGAAUGAGACAAAUAACUGGGCAUCGCCUUUAA